ACGUCAUCGCGCACACAAAACCCGACGCUGACGCGCAACGGAACGAGGCACGUUUGUUUUUGGGGAAGCGUGGAUGACGGAGCGUUACUGAAGUUCGUGAAAGUGAAGCGUCUCACUGCAGAAGAGACUUUACAUUGUACCCGCAUAAAGGAACAGGGUGAGGAUUUUUUAUUUUACACAGACGCUGAAAAUCUGUUCGUUGUAACAUCAGCUGUAAACAUUACAGUGAACUGCAGCUAACGCUAGCUGGUUAGCUAACUUCAGCUGCUACAGGAUCAACAAAAUGUCUUCUGCUGAGCCCAUCAUCAGAUCGAGGCAAACAGAGAAAGAAGUCAAUGGAAUUCCAACACAGGUCGUCUGCACAGAGUUUAGCAAUUACAUAUUCAUAGUUGUCACGCAAUACGGAAAAAUGGGAACACUUAUAACUGUCACGCCCGAGUCCAGAUCAGAUGAUAUCAGCACCCCAACGUUCUCCACCAAAGUACUGCUGGGCAAAGACGAGCCAUUUACACAUGUCUGUGCCAAAAACCUGGCAACUUUUGUGUCUCAAGAAGCCAGCAGCAGGCCUGUCCUACUGGGACUCGCACUCAAGGAUUCCUCCAUAGAAGCAGUAAAACAAAUGAAAGAAAUCAUCAAAAGUUGUCAAGUUUGGUAGGAAGACAACAAAAUGGACAUGAAGUGUGGAAAAUUGAGGAAAUCAAGACUGUUUGGAUGCCCCCAAUGUCACCGUUUUCUUCUCAGUCUUCUGUGUUUACUACACGGCAAACUGUAAUUUAAACAAACCCUGAUGCUCAUGCUUCAAGACAGAAAUGGAUAAAUCCAAUUUCAUUUACUCUGAUCCUUUUGAUUUGUCGAGACUGUAAGAAAUGUCUGCUGGAAAACUUUAAUUAGACUUUAUCUGGUUGUCACAAAUAAUUUUCUGCAAGCCAGAGUGCUCUGGAAAGCUGAAGAAUGUGCUUUGGAUCAGUUAGAGCUUGUGAAAUGAUUUCCAGUAGAUCCAAUUUCAUCCCUGUACAAAAUCCAUAUUGACCUACUGUUUUUGUUUAGCAAUUUGUAAACCUUUAUACCGCCUGUUUUUGUAUUUUAGAAUAUUAAACAUUAUAAACUGUUUUAUUUAGCAAUAAAACAGAUUCGGUCUAAGA